UUUCAUUAGAUGCUGUGAGAGGAUAUAAAGCUCCCUUCACAUCACCCCACCCUGUCUCCUGACUGGUAGGUACAUGUAAACACCAAGCUAGCAGCAACGCUGAACAGAGAGGAUUGAACCAGCUCUGAAAAUUUACUUUAACCACAGCCACAACAGAAGAGGUUUCACUGUUAAUGUCAAAGUUUGGAGCAUCUAUGAAAAUGGGACUGAAACGUGAUGUCAUCAUCUUCAUUUUCUGCUUGAACCUGAUCAGUCUGACAACAGUGGCUUCUCAAAGAAGUGGCAAAGACUCAAAAGAGAGGUCGGGCCAAUGUCAUGGAUGGGAGAAGGACCUAAGGAACAACCUCAGUGCUCCGGGAAAUAUCACGGAAUUUCUUGAAAACCUUAAUGAAUCUAUCAGCACUCUGAGUCCAGGCUGCGUCAAGUCAUUCAGUCUUAAUAUUAGUCAUUCCAAUCUGAUGGAACUAAUGAAGGUUUUAAAUGGAGAAUACGAUAACCUUAUUCCUGGUACCAGGAAGCAGAUUUAUAAGUGGGUGGAAGCUAUUUACACAAAAACAUCAGGACCAUACGGGAUGAACACCAUGGAAGAAACCAAUGACAAAGGCCCAACAAUGGGUCCAGGCAAAGAUAAAGAUAAAGGGAAGGGUAAGGGUAAAGGCAGCUGGAUCACCCUCGAUGUUUUGAACAUACUUGGUCGCUUCAUUGUCCAAGCGCCCACCUCGACUUUCAGGGGUAUUGCACAAGGUGAAGCCAGCACGAUAUGUCAGCUUUUCAACUCUUCAUCCGACCUCUUAGACAAGCUCUUUGAUCUCACACCAGUACAAGCUCGCAUUCUCUUCAAAGGACUCAAUGCAUGUGGCAAUGUUAACAUCAGUGAAGAUGCAGCAAUUUCCAAGCUUGGUCAACUGGCAUGCUUCUACCCUGUCAAUCAACUGAAUUUGCUUAAUAAGACAGCGGUAAUGACUUUGCAGGAAAAGCUGCUCAACUGCACAAGAAACUUAAAGGAGAUCUAUCAGAUGCUUGUGGAGAAUAUUAAUGUCAAUGAUUUGUCUGCUGAGGAUGUAAAAGAACUAGGAGCUUCAGUGGUUGGACUGAAAGUCAGUCAAGUGUCCAAUAUCUCCAAAGAGGCCAUUGCUGGUGCACUUAGUAAACUGAAGGAUAUCAAGGGGUGGUCCAAAGGUCAAAUCAAGGUCCUUGUCAAAAAGUACAAAGAAACUGAAGAAGUCACAGCUGAAAAGUUGAAAAAUCUGGGUUUUCUGGUGUCUGGUCUUGGCGCAAAGGCAUUUGGCAAGUUCAAAGGUCAGGAGCUCCUGGAUGCUUUUUCGCAAGAGGAUGUGGCAGAGUCAUCAAACAGCAUGUUGCCAGUGCAGAAGAAGUCAAUCAUGCAAGCGAUCCUGGACUCAGUGAAAAUUGAUUCAGUUCUGCGAUCGCUUCCUGCAUCACUGGUGUCGCAGAUUCCAAUAGAAAAGCUGGAUCAGGCUGGGAAUAUUAGUAUUGACUUCUUGAGCCAAGACAAACCUUGGAACUUGGGUCAGUCUGUUGCUCUAAUUAGUCGGACGAGAGGCCAACUCAAUAAUGCCAAAAAUAUCGGUAAACUGAAGGCUGCUGUCAAAGGAAUUCCGUGUGACCUCAUUGACUCACUGAAAGCUGAUGCAGUGAAGGCCCUAGCAAACAAUCCCCAUGUUUCUAGUUAUCAGAUUCGCUGUUCUGCCGGCAAGUUCUUUGCAGCCAAGAAGGUCAGUCGACCAAAUUACUUCAGCACCCUCACAGAGGAAGACAUUAAUGAGUUCCUGGCUUCAUACUUGAUUUUUGAGCCGGAAAUUAUGGACUUGAAGAAAAUUCCACAGUCUUUAUGCUCGGAUAUCGUAGAGCUGAUAAGCCAGGCCAAUAUGUCGGUACUGCCCCAAAAUUCAGAAAGACGUACAGAUCUUUUCAAGUAUGCCAAGGAGUGCCUGAAAUUUACUGCUUCCUCAUUGACUGAGGAGCAAGGCACCAGCUUGGGAUCCCUGGUCUGUGAAUUCAGUGCUGCAGACAUUCGAAGUUUGAAUAACACUGCCUUCCUUUCAAUAAUUCCUCAACUCCGUGAAUGUGGACAAUUCAGUGAAGAGAAGAGAAAAACUCUCAGAGAAAAGAUCUUGUCAGCCUUUCCAACUAUCUCAACCUGGACAGUGGAUGAACUGAUUCUGUUAGAUGGCUUGCUGACAGUUCUAACACGUGACGAUUUUAAAUCCAUCCCCAGUGAUGAUGACAUAAAAGUAGCUCUUGAGCAGAUCCUCUCCUCUCACAAGCCUGGCAGGAACUUCAUCCCUCCUGGUCUCGACAAGUCCACUAACUUCUCUUCACUUUAUUGGAAGUUCUUCAAUAUCCUGGUCAAGAAGAAAGAGUCCAACAGGCAAAGACGGGCACCAGAGUGUAAAGAAACCCCCACCUUGGAGAUAAUUGAAUCUCUUGGCGAAGCAAAUAAUAUGUGGACUGUGGAGCAGUUGAGUUGCAUUUCGGUUGAAGACUUUACAAAUGCUCUGGACACACUGACUGAUGUCACAAGUUUCAGCAAUGAACAGUUGAUAGCUUUAAAAGCAAAGGCCUUGCAGGCUUAUGGCAUGAGUAUCAGCAAUGAACAAAUUGCUUCUCUGGAGAGGAUCACACUUGGCUUCAGUGAUGAUGAAGUCAAGAAGUAUUUCACGAAACCUGACAUUGAUACCAUUGGUGCAAUCUCAGAACACAAGGAAUGGGCUGAUAGUGAGUAUUCCUCACGAGCCAACACUAUUGUGAAGAACUUUAUGAAUGGUCAUACAUUCAGUAAUCUGAGUAGCACAGAACUGGUUGGACUGGGUUACUUCCUUUGUACUUUGAAUUCAGAUGAGAUCAAGGCCAUUUCCACCACUGGCUACAGAUCUGCUGCUAGGGAUAUUGGGAACAAAAUGUGUCCUAAGUCAGAGACUCUCAUUGCUUUGAAGGAAAAAGCAGUCCAGACAUUUUCCAGUGUAAAAACCUGGACUGGAGCACAACUACAGGAAAUAGGAGUCGUAGCAGCUGGGUUAAGUGCAGAAGAAGUACCCAAACUGAUGACAUCUGCAGUUUCGUUCCUGACACCCGAAGCGGUCUCCAAGUUCCCUCCUAAAGUUUUUUCGGCUAUGACAGUUGAACAAUUGAGAAACUUGGGACCAGAAAAUUAUGCUGCUGUAAAUGAAGCACAGAAGGCAGCAUUGUCAUCAGUGCAGUUUAAUGCCUUGAAUGAAAAUAUUGGAAUUGCAAGAAGCACUAGUGGUGCAGGUUCUAUUUACUGGAGUCCUGUGAUCAUGUUGACCCUUCUGGUUCUCAGUUUGACAGCAGCCCUCCAUUAAAAUGUGAAUUGAAGAAUUGGAAAAAUCUCAGUUGCUGAGCAAUGAAUCAAGAAAAACAACAAACACAGUCACCCACUGAAAUUCCAGGUUAAAUUUAUGAACUGCUGUAAAUUCCUAACCAUUUGUGUUGCAGAGAUAAUUAGAUCACCUUAGAAAACGUUACAGGUAAAGGAAUUUCCCCCAAAAUCGACAAAAAAAUGAAAAUAUUGAGUAAUACAGCCUGUUAGCAACACUGACUUCAUUUUUAAAUGGCUCGGUUCAAACGUUGCUGGAAGGGAGCUUGAGUAAAUAAGAAGUGAAGACUAUUGAAAGAAAAUGGUGCACUCUGGUUAAUGCACUUAACAUGUGGUAUGUAGAUUUUUUUCUCAAGUACAUUGUAACCAGUUGAUGCUAAAGUAAAAACAUGACAGGAAUGAAACAAGCCACAGUCAUUGCUGAAUAGAGAUUACGUUAUCUAAAUAGUAAAUGGCCCUAUGGAUGCCAGUUAAUCCAGGUGAGCUCCUGAACUAAUUUCUAUUGCCUGAAGGGUUUGAAGAAGAAUUUUUUUCUCCCCUAGCGUUUUUUACGCAAAUUGUGGCUGGUUUCAUUUUUCUCUGUGUUUGACUUUUUUUAGGAGAGAGCACAGUAGUAUUGUGCUGGGACAGAGCUAAAGUUCUGAGGGACUGGUAGGGAAUGCUGAUGUCUAGUCAGAAUGCUCUAUAGAUUAUAAUCAGUUGGCUACUUAUGCUGUGAAUUUUGUAGCAAUCCUAAACCAUCGGAAUGUUUUUGAUGAGGUUAGUCUAUGGUGUGGUGAGGAAGGAUUUCCUCCAUUGGCUGAAAGAAAAUAAAUCUGACUUUUUAUAGAAGCUUGGGUAACAUGGCUAAGGUAAAAGGGAUGCAUGUGUUAUUUAACAUUUUUUUAUAGGCUGAUGGGGGAAAAAAUGCAGUUUGAUUAAGUUUACUUUUUCACUUUACCUGCCUACCAAAGAGACCCAGUCUAAGCACUGGCCAUGUCACCCAUGUACCACUUAUUCCACUUUAAGGAUUGGUGUGGUCUCAACAGAACAGAAAUGAUCAACUAUCCCGCGUGGCCCAACAAGUCCCGUGGCCAUGAGUAGUAAAUUCAUAUAAUGCAUGCUAUCUGGUAUUUUGGCAUACAUUAUCUCAAUUGAAAUAGCUGAUGAAAAGCUCUUAAAAAACUGGACAAACAAGUGGUAUAUAGAAACAACUAGUGUUUAUCCAGUCAUACAGCCACUGGAAAAUUCAAACACCAUUACGCCGACAAAUAAUGAAAAAUUGGACAAAAUAUUAAAUGGACUGCUGAUUGGUUAUCACCCAUCUUGUGCUUACAGCCAUGAAAAAAUUUGCUUCAUUAUCAUUUGUCCCAGAAAUGUUCUGCUGAGGGAUUUUAAAAAUAUGUUAAUUAUAAUGCACAAUCAGAAACUUGAUAAGAGCAUAUUGCACCAAGAUAAACUUUCUUUAGACAAUGAAGACAGCACUGUUAAUAUAGGUUAAGGUAAAGAACACAAUUCACAAAUGGUGAUUUCUAAGGGCUAAAUAAAUGUGUGUAUUACUUUUCACUAAGAUUACAUUUACUGCAGAAUGUUUUUCGUGUCUAAACAGACAACAAUGUUUUCUCACUGUUAAUUUUUAAAUGGCCUGAAUUGAACGUGUAUUUAGUUCAGUAUUAUACACGCAUGUGAUCACAGGUCUGGCGUCUGCACAAUAUUGGAUUCAUAUGUUUAAGCCUUCAGUCUAAGGAAGUUAUCAUUUACUUUAACUUUUGAAGAGGAGACACUUUUGGCCUUUGUAUCAGCUUAAUGCUUUUAGAGAAAAUUAAUUUCAAAAAACAGGAAAAUAUUGAAUUUUUUUUUCCAAGUCAUACCUUUUCUGACAUCAGGAAAGUACUGUCAAGAAUGGUUACUGAAGACUAUUGGCUACCUUUGUCAGUCAUAGUGACUAGAAAGUGAUUGUGACUAGAAAGUGAAUGUUCAAAUAGAGCAUUUGGCCUGGAUAAACUGUUCUUAUUAGAGUACUUUUUUUUAACCUGCAUAGAAUAGUUAUACUUAUUUAUGUUGAUAAAUGUUGAGUGAUACAUUUACAAAGGAAACAGUAUAAAAUAUGAACAAAGAAAUUUCAGAUCAGACAAACCUUUAGCACAAAAUAUUUCUGUGUGACCAUAUUACUCCAUAUACUUAAGCUGAAGUUCCAGACUGUUUAUGUACCACUCACUUUGUCACAGUAUUUUUGAAAAAUAAUAGGGUUAAGAAUUUGAGUUGACCUACAUGAUGAUUGUAUAACAGACAUUAUUGGAUGGAAACCUUUCAACUAUUAAUUGCAGGACAUGCAAUUGCCUAAUAUUUUUAUUCAACUGUGAUCAAAAGUAUGUUUUUGUCUUUUAAAAAAUAAAGAUUUGGACUGGAGGAAUAUAA